GUAACAACAACACUAAGUUAGAGCUGGUCAGAGCUCGCAGACCUGGUGGGUCGAUCGUCACUCUCAGCCCCAGUGCCGCAUAAUUGCAACCAGGGCUGAAUGAAGCCUCGUCGUCGUCGCCCAAUCCCUCGGUGCCUGUCGCACCACGGAUCGGUGCUCUCACACUCUUCUGCACGCCGCCGAUUCGUGAGAUACCUGCACAGUUGCCGUCCUUUUUGUUGUGCCACUGGCUUCUGAGACCAGCUCCUUGGCGUCAGUGCAGCUGCAGUCUAUCGCUCUAGUUGGACUCCAUUAGGGGUUCUUCCUCGGGUAAGGCCCUGCAGUGCACUGUAGCAGCUGCCAGUCAAGGUUUAUGGGUCUGGGCCGAGCGGAAAUCUUGUGUGUCAACACGUGAUUCUCGACAGAUUAAGGGCGUCUGUUGCAGGUGUUUAGCAAUGUCUCGGAACCAGGAAUCGAUGAGCAGUCGCUGCUGCUGCUAGGUUGGGUGCCGAAGUGGGAGCUGCGUCCACAGCAUUGUGGUUGCGCUAGAACGGUGGAGGAUACCAUCUAGGUGCUACUGCGGAUGAUUCCUUUGGUGCUGAGAGGAGGGUCGGUUUGAAUAUGGCGAUGAAGUGGGCAGGGUCGUGGGUUUUGGCGACGGUGUUAGCCGUGGCCGGCUUGGCGAAGGCUGCAGUUGUGGAGUACCACUUCAAGGUGGCGUACAUGAGUGCAGCCCCUGACUGUUACUCGAAGACGAUUAUUGGCAUCAAUGGCGGGUAUCCUGGUCCGACCAUUCGUGCCACGCAGGGCGACACUGUGAAGGUUACGUUCGAGAAUCACGUGGUGACGGAGGGGAUUACAAUGCAUUGGCAUGGCAUUCGUCAGAUAGGGAGCCCAUGGGCCGAUGGUACAGCUGCAAUAUCACAGUGUCCGAUUCUAUACGGAGAGAGCUUCACGUACGAGUUUAUCGUUGACCGACCCGGGACUUACUUCUACCACGGACAUUUCGGAUGCCAACGUGCCGCUGGAUUCUACGGCCCUUUGAUUGUGGACUUGCCCAAGGAUAAGCAUGAGCCUUUCACCUACGACGGGGAGCACAUGAUCAUCUUGAACGAUUGGUGGCACCGGUCCAUUGUGGGUCAAGAGCAAGGCCUCGAAAGUAUCAACUUCGCAUGGGUGGGAGAACCCCAGUCGCUGCUGCUGGAGGGUCGUGGAAGAUACAACUGCUCCAAUGUCCCUGAGUAUAAGCCAGCUGGCCUAAGCUGCAAUCAGAGUGAUGAGAGGUGCGCACCCCACGUGUGGAGUGUGGAACGCGGCAAGACUUACCGACUGCGCCUUGCCAGUGUGGCCUCCCUGUCUUCUCUCAAUUUUAAAAUUGAGGGCCAUUCGAUGAAAGUGGUGGAGGCUGACGGACACAGCAUAGAACCCUUCUGGACGGAUAACCUGGAUUUAUACUCUGGAGAGACAUACUCGGUCCUUGUGAAAGCCGACAAGCAAGGCGACAACUUCCAUUUGGGUUUGAACGUACGCGGCCGCAACGACGAGCAAGUCCCCACGGGACUAGGCAUCCUCAACUAUAAAGACAAACCCGUGCAGCAGCCCACCACGCCGGCACCCAAAGGACCCGCGUGGAACGACUUCGAAGCCAGCAAACGCCAGGCCAAGACGUACAAGGCUCUGCAGAACAACCCCGAUCCCACCAGCCACCCGUUCGACGCGAGCGCUCCGGUCACGCGCACCCUGGUGCUCCUCACCACCCAAAACAAGGUCGAAGGACGCAUCAAGUGGAGUAUCAACAACCUGACAUACGCACCCCUCCAGACUCCACUCCUGGCGGGUCUCGUGUACAACAUCAGCGGCGCAUACGACACCACGCCGCCGCCGGACUACCCAGCGCACGGCUACAACAUCUUCGCACCUCCGGAGCCGCCGCACACCAAUGUCGGCAGCGGAAUGUACCAGUUCAACACGGGCGACGUCGUGGACGUGAUCAUCCAGAACGCGGCGGCCCUGAACAACGUGAGCGAGAUCCAUCCCUGGCAUCUCCACGGCCACGACUUCUGGAUCCUGGGCUACGGCGAGGGGCAGUUCGACCCGGCGGAGUCCCCAAAGUCCUAUGAUUUGAAAUCCCCACCAACUCGGAACAACGUGGCCACGUUCCCGUUUGGGUGGACAGCGGUGCGCGUCCACCUGGACAACCCUGGCGCGUGGCCGUUCCACUGCCACGUGGAGUGGCACUUCCACAUGGGCAUGGGCGUGGUGUUCACGCACGGUAUCGACUCCGUGCGUGCCCGCGGGAUCCCUAAUUCCGUGCUGGGCUGUGGCCUCACCAAGCAGCUCUUCUCGCUCCCAUCGCCGUGAGCGUCUCACUUGGAUAUCGUUCAUCCCUCGCUGCAUUCAUCAUCCAUCUGGUUCUCAUCCACCUGCUGCUCCGUUGUCACCUCCCAAUGGGGCCAAACCAUGAAUUGUUUGGGGUGGGGAAGGGUGGUGUUGGUUCUAUGCACAUAAAUGGAGAUUUGCUAGAAAAAUAUAUGUACAUAUAUAUAUAUAUAUAUAUAUAUAUAUAUAGCGAGAGAGAGAGAGAGAGAGAUAACUUGUUGGGAAAGAGGAAAGAGAAAAAGAGGAGGAAGUUAGUUCUUUAAUCCUCUUUUCUUUUUCUUUUCUUUUUUUGUCUUUUCUUCUUAUCCUAUUGUCGUGCCAUCUUGGAAUAGCAAAUUUUGAUUCACUUUUGAAAACUACGCAAUUGGUAGUUUUAUUGCCUCCUAAAA